AUGAAGCAACCUAAAGUGUACAAAAUUGUUGUUUUGGCCAACGGAUCCUACGAAUACAGUGCCCGAGUGUCAUUCACGACCAUUGAUGAGCUUUUGUACAGCGGAACACACGCUUUACGAUUGGCCUCAAUUGCACGGCGUGCUUACUUGCCGGGCGGAGAAUUGGUGCAUUCAAUAAAGCAACUUCGAAAAGAAAAGUAUGUGUUCCUCACUUGUGGCGAACCAUUCAAAGAUCCCAGACAGUUAGCAGAAGAGUUUGAACGGCUUCGUGAACGUUGUACUUGGUCUUUGACUGGCAUCCAGUUUCCAGCAGACCGUUCGGUUCAAACGACACAGUUUCGUAUCUCAAAGCGCUUCCAGAAACUGAACUAUCGAUACGGAUACAGAAUUCUUGCAUUCAAAAAUGGUAGCUCCGCUGAAGAAUAUGAAGUUGUGGUUGAAUCGGGAGAAUUUGACGCGGAUAGAUACUGCGUCAUCGACGCGUCAAGCAAAGCGGUCACAUCGCUCAGACAUAAACAUGUUUGCCUGUUCAAACGUGAUAAUUCGGGUGCGUGGUGGAGUGAUGGUGACACGUUAGCCUCGCAUUUCGAAUGUCCGGAGCUCAACCUCGGUAUUGCUGUACCAAAGUUUGAUCGGAUUUUCGCGACUGAAGAGGCACAAGUGCACCCGAGCUACCAUCUUCUGGGACCCGUUUGGAUUUCCAAGGGCGAGAGCUUGAGUCCAUCUGGAGUGCACGGUUACCUACAGAGGUGCAUCGCGUCUCUGAGCCCAAAAAUAUCAGCAUUGAAAGACCGUAAAGAACAGUUGGAAAAUACCAGAGAUGGCAACCAUGAGCAUGUCAGAAAUAAAGCGAUCUUGUCGAUGAAAGCCCAAGAACUCGAUGACGAAAUACAGAAAGCUUCAGAACAAUUAGACGAAUCCACAGCAUCGUUUAACACGCUAAAAGCAAUGCAGGCGCAACUAUCCGAGGAUGUAGAACGGGAAAGAGUUGAAGGCUGUCACUUCACGAUGCGCCACAUAAACAAAAUAGACGCAAAUAAUCCGCUGGCCGAACAGCCCUGCCUCAAACUCAAGGUGGCUGUAAUUGAAGGGCAGGAGAAAUCGGAUUUCUUUGAUGUGUUUUUCAAUAUUCAACGUGCAAGUAGAGGGGUCAAGGAUCCAAAGGUUGUUCUUCACAGGUUACUGGAACAGAUAUCUCAAACAAUAAACAGAGUUAACUCCCAGGCGACACAAAAUAAAAGAUCGCUCAGGCGUUUAUUUUUCGCGGAUGGUAGAGAAGUCAGAGAGGUCAAGCACCUCCACGAUGAUGAUACACUUCUAGCCUCAUUUGGACAAGUGGAUAUGCAACCAAAAGAUUAUUCUCUGCAACUACACUUUAUGAAAAUUUUUCGAGAAGCUAAUGGAAACCUGACAUUCAAAUCUGCGACAUCUGAAGAGAUAAGUUCACGCAUCUGGUUGCCUAAGGAAAGUCUUGUGUACGAAGAACAGUUUGAACAUGUAUACGGCGGUCAGUAUGGAGUAAAACUUGAUAAAGAAGACGGAGUGGAGAAAACAUCUUCAGAGUACCUUAGUGGGCUGACCCUGUUACAGUCUCAACUGGUUUGUAUUGUCAAACAGGAUGAGGAACGCCUCUUGUUGGUUCCCAUGUUGGAAGUCGGACCAAGUCAAGAAGAAACCACAAGAAGGACCGGUUCUGUUUUGCAACUCUGGUCACUAGAUAAAUCUGGGCAAAUCAAACCAAAAUGGUGUCCAGUUAAUCUCGCGCUGGGGCUCCCCAAAAACGCUAUCAAAAUCGCUGGUACAGUCAACUGUGACAGUAUGUCGAGCGCAAAAUCCAGAGCUAGCACGGUAGAAGAUAUUGUGACUGGGUUUCGCGUGGUUUUAUUGGAACAAGAUGAUGAGGACAAGUUUCAGUUAUGGCGUUUCUCAACAGAUGGUUAUGUACAUAACCAGGGUGACGAAUCAUUAGUCUUGACUUGUUUGUACAAAUGUGAACAGAAGUCAAGUGAGGGGAACAUCGGAGCUUUCUGUUUCAUUGCCGCAUGCCACAUUCUGGAUCGAUCACAGGAUAGCUGUCAGCGUUGGGGAAUUAAACAAAAACGGUGGAGUACGUUUGGUCAGUGGCGCUUCUCGAAAGUGGCUAAUCCGGAGUGGCACAAGCUUGCGCUAACUUGGCCUGUAGAUCGUGAAGGGGAAGUAAAUGAAGCGCUCAUCUGGCCAGUUGAAGGCUAUCUAACGCCGUUUGCGCCUCCUCUGGAUCAAAGAAGUUCAUAUGCUGGCGGAAGUAACCCAAAGAGGCUUCGUGUACUGCGGAAUGGAGAUGCUAUCGUGACCAACGCUGUAUAUGUCACUGGACCAAAGGUCGUUCGGAAAGGUAAAGUCCAGAGCCAUCAUGAGAGGGUGGGAGGAGAAGGAAAGACCAAGGGUAACCUAAAGUCUUCCAGAGUCGGAUCGGGAGAAAUCAACCAAAACGAAAGAAGGCCACCUGUUGCUAGUGUGGAAUUCACAACAUUCCUGGACAGUUGCACAACAGCCCUUCGUUUGGUUUCCGCAGCCCGGCGAUUGUUUGAUCAAGAAGGGAAUGAACACUUUACUCUUGAGAACUUACCACGGGACACACUAGUGCACGUCUCCUGUGGUGAGCCAUUUAUCAAUAUCUGGCAAACGCAACAAGAGGCCAAAUUACGCAACUUUUUCUCUUCUGUACACACUAUUGUAAAACGAGCAGAAAUGUAUGUAGAACAUCUGAAGGAAAUGGAGAGAGAGUGGGUUCUGACACUUAGCCCUCGCUUGAUUGAAGGCGCUGUAAUCGUCCUUCAAAAACUUGCGCCAGUAGCAGUUCACAGAGCUGAUGAAAACACAGAGCUACGUAAAGGGAAACAAAUGCUUUCUCGUACUACGAACGUGGGUCCCGAAGUGGAUCAGAAAUCCGUAGAAAAAACAGAAGCUCCAGCAAGAAACGUCGCAACCACUUCUAAAACAAGCUCAUUAUCGUCAAACAGCCGUCUGCAGAGAUUUGGACUACGCUACGGCGGGGUCUUAUAUCCGCUGGGGGAACCAAAUCUAGCCCUAACAAUGAUGAAGGGUGCCGGUGAUGAUCCGGUUAUUCAGCUCAAAAGAUUACGCUACGGUGAAGAGACGCAACAAUUUCGGAUUACACAAGAUGGGUUUAUUCGUUGUGGCAAAUACGUCCUCUGUCUUGAAUGUCCCGAUAACGGUUGGUCUGAGGGUUUCACCAACUGCGGUUUUGCCAUGGUGGACCCGGAGUAUGCACGAUUUGGAAGAGCUCUCCAAAUGUUUCAAUACGAUCAUCAAAGUGGCCUCAUCUAUGCAUUUUCAACCAGCAUGUUGGAUCGUGAAAUCACGGUGGCCAAUAUGAAUAAAUUGUGUACCAGUGCAGUGAUUUCGCUACCCAUUGAACAACCCGGAUUUAAAGUCACAGCUGGCGUCAAACGAGAUAUGGGCAAGAAAUCGAAGCUAAAUGAAGGGCAUCCACUGAAUGGUGCAUACGUUUGUCCAUCCUGUUCAAAUUCUCUUCUCGGACAAUUCAAAUUAACGCCUGUAGAGAAAGGAGAGAGCUUCGUUUGUGCCUUUUCAAAGCCUAGUGAAUACAAAACAAGUGAGCCUGGAUCUCUUGGACUGCUUCAGGGUGGAUGUUUGGAUUUAUCCACAUUCGAGGCCAGAUACAACGUGAGUCACUGGUCCAGCUUGGCCUCAGUAGACACACAUGAUAUAAAGAAAAUGAAGCAGGCACGAACACGUCUACUGCAUGCCAUAGAACACGAACCAAAGAUUGAUUCGCUCAGAUUGCUCGUCUACAACAACGGUGAUGCACGUUUGCUGGCACCGGUACUUUGCAUUGGAUCAUCCAUACAAGGAGUAAGUUGGAGCAGCCUAUAA